AUGGAAGUGCAAAUGUCCAUUCUGAAAGCUGCGGGGAAGAAAGCAGGUGAGAAGUGGAGGCGUCGUGUCAUCUUGGCAACGGAUGUGGCCGAGUCGUCCGUGACAAUCCAUGAUGUGGAUGUUGUCAUUGAUCUUUGUGAGCACAAGCGUCCACGGUGGAAUGCCAAUUCGAAGCAAAGCUUCUUGACAACCUUGAAGAUCAGCAAAGAUGAGGCCGCACAGCGCGCGGGUCGCACUGGGCGGCUGCGCGAAGGAAACGUCAUACGGAUGCUGACACAGGCGGCGUACGAGGACCUCAAGCAGCACGUGGAUCCUGGCAUGAAGCACGCUCGCUUGGAAGAUGUGAUCCUCACCAUCUUUGAGCACUGGAAAGUUGUUGGCACACCAGAGCAGUUUCUGAACAAGUUGCCGGACCCUCCUCAAGCUGAGCAGGUGCUAGCGGCCGCCAAGAGGUUGCUUGAGCUGCGCGCCGUGGACAAAGAAGAGGAUGGAACACCGAAGCUCACCGAGUUCGGGCGGCUCCUUCAAAGGAUGCCCGUGGAUCCAGAGGUGGGCAUCCUGGUCAUGAACGGAGUUCAUUUUGGCGUGGUCCAUGACUGCUGCGUCAUGGCCAGCAUCAUUCAGCGGGGCUUGCCUUUCCUGGAGAACCCCAACUGGAGUUUGAAGGAAAGCCAGCGAUUUGUGGCAGUGCGGGACGUGUGUGUACAGGAUCUUCCUCCCCACCCUGGGCUAGCUUGCAAUGCGUAUCCAAGUGACCUCAUCGCCGGCUUACAAGCAUACCGUGCCUGGCAGCAACAGCAAGUUCAGGAUCCCGGUUGGAGUUUGCAUGAAGAGUGGUCAUGGUGUCUGGGACACUUCUUCAGCCUCCAACGCUUGCAUGAGAUCGAGGAGACGGUCGUCCAGCUGAGGUCCGUCUUACAUCAGCUGAAGCUGGCGCCAGAGAUGCCAGCCGAAACCAUUCGUCACGUGCGGGAAAGACGCAAGCAAAUGCUGACUCCUGACUUGGAACCUCCGGAGGCGUGCCCCGCCGCAGCGCCGGAUUGUGACAUCAAGGCCUUGCUUGGAAUGUGCACUCCCGACCCGAAGAGACAAUGGCUGCUCCGGUGGUGCAUAGCCUCAGCAUUUACCACGGGAACGCUUGAGGUGGUCGGAGGUGAUUGCGCAGCGGCAAUGGAGGUGCGGUUUAUUCCGAAAUCGCCAGAGAUAACCUCGUCGUUUUUGCACGCUUACUUGCGAAAGCACUCGGACGCAAUCCAGAGCGUGUCCAGUGGUAAUCAUGGGAAAGGCGAUGUCUUCGCUCGAUUUCACUACGGUGCCCCGGCACGGCAGCUGGUGCAAGCAAUCGAGUACGCCCACGAAGUUCCGUGGAAGCAGGCCACUUUAUGGCAGCAUGGCAGAUACAACACUCCCAAAUGGUAUGCUCGAGAAUGCUACUCGAGGCAUGGCAGCGAAUUCAAGAUCAUUCCUACAUCUGCUGCCAGCCCAUUGCUUGUCAACAAGUGCACAGUGAUCUCAGCAGGCAUCUUGCCGGUAGCGAACCCUGAUGGGAGAUUUCUCUUUUCGUGCAAUCUUUGUUCGGUCAUGCCGCCGGGCGUCGUACCGGCAGUUCUUGAAGCAAUGUACCCCUGCAUUCGCAGGCAUGACAAAGUCAGAGGCACAUACGAGCUUUUGUGUGCCGGGUUUCGGGAGGAGCUGAAAAGCUUGGAGAAAGUCUUGAAAGGCACCGAUCCAGCGACUGUGCGUGACUUGACUGGCAAGCUUUCAUCGAUCCGUGCCAGCAUUGGCAAAGAGACGGGCGCAGACUACAGAGAUGUGCAGCGCAUUGUGAAGAAACGCGCUGGCGAGGCGGUCAGCAUCAUGGAGACCUUGGCAAGCUUGGCGCAGCCAAAUAGCACAACCUCGGCAGGCCUCGGUGAGACGCUGCCCAGCCUCGACCAGCCCAGCUUGGAUGUCUUUUCUUUCAUCCCUAUCUAG